CAGGUCUUUGAAGUUUUCCUCAAUUCGAAAGAGCUCUGCCAGUUUGUAAUGACUACAUUGAAUGGCCUAAAAACCCUGAAAGAUAUACUUGCACCCAGCAAUUAGCCAGAGAAUUGCUGCUGAUGUUGGUAAAAAAUGCGGAGUCCCGAUUUGAGAAGGUACCUGAAGUUAUGGGAGUUAUCUGUGCCCAGCUAUCCAUAAUCAGUCAGCCAAGAGUCCGCCAACAAAUCAUAAGUACUGUCAGUUUAUUUAUCUCCAGACCCAAGUACACAGAUAUAGUGCUUAGCCAUCUUCUUUGUCAACCAAUACCAUAUGACAGGGAAGACAUCAAGAGACUAUUGCCAUCCAUCUUAGGCAGCUUAUGUGAAACUGAUGAGAGGAUUGUUUUGUUGGCCAUCCAGAUACUCCAGAAGCUUGUCAGGAUGAUGGAUUUUACAACCCUGGCUGCCAUGAUGAGGAUCCUGUUCUCUUUAUUUGGUGAUGUGAGACCUGAUGUUCAUCAUUUCUCUAUGACCCUUUUUGGAGCCUCCAUAAAGUCUGUGAAACACACACAUAAGAAGGGUGUGGAGAAUCAAGUUCUGGAAAGCUUGGUCCCACUGCUUCUGUAUUCCCAGGAUGAAAAUGCUUCAAUAGCUGAGGAGAGCAAGCCAGUCCUAAAAAUGUGUUCCAAAUUCCUGAAGUGGAAGCUGCCCCAAGAAGUAUAUGGCAAAGACCCCUUCUACCUCAAACCUGUUGAAGUUAGAACAAUCUGCAAAUUCUUUGGAAAAAAAUGCAAGGGUAAAAUUGACAUCCUUGUCCAAACAUUGAUGUACUCCAAGAAUGCAAAACUUUCCAUCAGAAGAACAGCAGUCUUAUUUGUAGGUCUCUUAUCAAAGUACAUGGAUUGCAGUGAGGCCAGGAUGAAGGGGACUGACUGGAUACAGGAUGAUCUGAAAGAUCUGCUGCAUGACCCUGAGCCCUCUCUGCGCAUCCUUGCCUCCCAGGCUCUGUUCCGAGUCCAGAGAGUGUAGUCCCAAGCAGAACCUGAGCAGACAGUUUGCUGGUUGAGGAAGCUCCUGGUUUGUCUCUCUACCUAGAAAUGUAAGGCAGUCAACAUCAGCCCUCUGCCAAGACCACUUCAAGGAAAAAGUUUCUCCAUGAUUCAUAAGAGAAGAAGCAUCCAUUUAGAAACAAAGGACAGCUCUUUAUUGAACUACCUCAGCAUUGAGAAAGGCUAAGAAAUACCUGACAGCGAUUAUAUUAACAAGUCUGUUUAAACCAAAUAGCUCCAUUUUUUUUUUAUAUGUAAAGCUUUUCUCAGAGACAGGUUUAUGUUUUCAUGGAUUUUUAAAACUACACAAAACAAAAUUCUUGGGACAUUUAAUUUUGUUAUAAUAUGUUGCAAUAAAAGUUCAAUAUAACUGUCA